GGCCUCCAGGAUGGCCUGGGCGGUGUUCGUCCGGCGCGUGACCAUCCACUGCCAUGGCGGGGCUGGGGACUGCUUUCCGCCGCCUGGGCGCCUUGUCCGGAGCUGGGGCUUUAGGCUUGGCCUCCUACGGGGCACACGGCGCCCAAUUCCCAGAUGCCUACGGGAAGGAGCUCUUUGACAAAACCAACAAACACCACUUCUUUCACAGCCUGGCCCUGUUAGCAGUACCCCACUGCAGAAAGCCCCUCUGGGCCGGGUUACUACUGGCCUCCGGAACCACCUUAUUCUGCACCAGCUUUUACUACCAGGCUCUGAGUGGAGACCCCACCAUCCAGACUUUGGCCCCUGUGGGAGGGAGCCUGCUACUCUUGGGAUGGCUUGCCUUGGCUCUUUGAGCACUCUUUUGUUUAAUUACUAAGUUUUCUGGGUAAAUUUUUAAGAGUUGGAGCAGGAAGCGGAUUAAAAGGGAAAAGCAAAUAAACUCUGGAGUCUUUGUUUAUCUAA